AUGGCUUCAAAACCAAAAAAACAAAUCCACAACCAUGAAAACAGCAAUAGCAGCAAUCUUCUUUUUGCUUUGACACUUUGUGUCAUUUCCGCUCAAGGAGGCAUUCGUGCAGAGACUCCAACCUUGAGUGCACAUUCAUUAGCUCAUAGAAAACUCGUGAAAAAGGUGAACAGAAAGUAUGGCAGAAAACUUAUCAAAAAGUAUCUCUGCAAAAAGGUUAAAAAACUUGUCAGAAAGUUGAAGAAGUGUUUAAAGAAGAUUAAACUAUCCAAGAAACUCAAAGCGCUCCUUAAAGCAAGAUUGGUCAAACUCUCCAAAUUAAGAGCUCAAAUUAAAAAGAUUAAAGUAUGUAAAUAUGGAAAGGGCGUCAUUAAGAUUUCUUUGAAGAGAAUUUUGAAGCUCAAGAAAAUUUUGAGAAAGGUGUUGAGAGGAAAAUGCUUUGCUGCCAAGAAAAAGAAAUAA